GCGCCUGUCUUCCGCGCGCAGCCUGGCAGUUUGCCUUUUCCUCGUCUUCCAGCCUGCGUCCAUGGCCGCCGCCGCCGCCGAGGAGCUCUUUCCCUUUACGGCCUGCUGCCCAAAGAAAGAGACCGGGGCCGCCUCCUUCCUCUGUCGCUACCCGGAGUAUGACGGGCGGGGGGUGCUCAUCGCCGUUACAUCUGAUGGAAAACCAAAGCUUGUUGAUAUCAUUGACACAACAGGAAGUGGUGAUGUGAAUACUGCUACAGUAGUAGAGCCAAAAGAUGGUGAAAUUAUUGGCCUCUCAGGAAGAGUGCUUCAGAUUCCUGCAAGCUGGACAAAUCCCUCAGGCAGAUAUCAUAUUGGCAUAAAAAAUGGCUACGACUUCUAUCCAAAGGCUCUCAAGGAAAGGAUACAGAAAGAACGGAAGGAAAAAAUCUGGGACCCUGUUCACAGAAUGGCCCUGGCAGAAGCUUGUAGAAAACAAGAAGAAUUUGAUGUUGCCAACAAUUGCCCUUCUCAAGUAAAUAAACUAAUCAAAGAGGAGCUUCAAAGUCAAGUGGAAUUGCUAAAUUCUUUUGAGAAAAAAUAUAGUGAUCCUGGCCCUGUAUAUGACUGCUUGGUAUGGCACGAUGGUGAAGUCUGGAGAGCCUGCAUUGAUUCGAAUGAAGACGGGGACUUGAGUAAAUCUACUGUAUUGAGAAACUACAAGGAAGCCCAAGAAUAUAGUUCUUUUGGCACAGCUGAGAUGCUGAAUUACUCCGUUAAUAUAUAUGAUGAUGGAAACUUGCUCUCUAUUGUGACCAGUGGAGGAGCUCAUGGAACUCAUGUAGCUAGCAUAGCUGCUGGGCAUUUUCCAGAAGAACCUGAACGGAAUGGUGUGGCUCCUGGUGCCCAAAUUCUUUCAAUCAAGAUUGGUGAUACAAGACUGAGCACAAUGGAAACAGGCACAGGCCUUAUAAGAGCUAUGAUAGAAGUUAUAAACCAUAAGUGUGAUCUUGUCAACUACAGCUAUGGAGAAGCAACUCACUGGCCAAAUUCUGGGAGAAUUUGUGAAGUCAUUAAUGAAGCAGUGUGGAAGCAUAAUAUAAUUUAUAUUUCCAGUGCUGGAAACAAUGGUCCAUGCCUUUCUACAGUUGGUUGUCCUGGUGGAACUACAUCAAGUGUAAUAGGUGUUGGUGCUUAUGUUUCACCUGAUAUGAUGGUUGCUGAAUAUUCUCUCAGAGAGAAAUUACCUGCCAAUCAAUAUACGUGGUCUUCUAGAGGGCCCAGUGCUGAUGGGGCCCUUGGAGUGAGUAUCAGUGCACCAGGAGGAGCCAUUGCUUCUGUUCCUAACUGGACAUUGAGAGGAACUCAACUAAUGAAUGGGACAUCCAUGUCUUCUCCCAAUGCAUGUGGAGGUAUCGCCCUGAUACUUUCAGGUCUAAAAGCUAAUAAUGUUAACUACACAGUUCAUUCAGUUAGAAGAGCUCUAGAAAACACUGCAGUGAAGGCUGACAAUAUAGAAGUAUUUGCCCAAGGACAUGGUAUUAUUCAGGUUGAUAAAGCCUAUGACUACCUCGUUCAGAAUACAUCAUUUGCUAAUAAAUUAGGUUUCACUGUUACCGUUGGAAAUAACCGUGGCAUCUACCUCAGAGAUCCUGUUCAGGUGAUGGCACCUUCAGAUCAUGGUGUUGGCAUUGAACCUGUAUUUCCAGAAAAAACUGAAAACUCUGAAAAAAUAUCCCUUCAGCUUCAUUUAGCUUUAACUUCAAACUCAUCUUGGGUUCAGUGUCCUAGCCAUUUGGAACUCAUGAAUCAAUGUAGACAUAUAAACAUACGUGUGGAUCCCCGGGGCUUAAGAGAAGGAUUACAUUAUACAGAGGUAUGUGGCUAUGAUAUAGCAUCCCCUAAUGCAGGUCCUCUGUUCAGAGUUCCAGUCACCGCAGUUAUAGCAUCAAAAGUAAAUGAAUCCUCACACUAUGAUCUAGCCUUUACAGAUGUACAUUUUAAACCUGGCCAAAUUCGAAGGCAUUUUAUUGAGGUUCCUGAGGGUGCAACAUGGGCUGAAGUUACAGUGUGUUCUUGUUCUUCUGAGGUAUUGGCCAAGUUUGUUCUUCAUGCAGUACAACUUGUGAAGCAAAGAGCAUAUCGAAGCCAUGAAUUCUAUAAGUUUUGUUCCCUUCCAGAAAAAGGAACUCUGACUGAAGCUUUUCCUGUCUUAAGUGGGAAAGCAAUUGAAUUCUGCAUUGCCCGUUGGUGGGCUAGUCUUAGUGAUGUCAAUAUUGAUUACACCAUUUCUUUCCAUGGGAUAGUGUGUACCGCUCCUCAGUUAAACAUUCAUGCAUCAGAAGGAAUCAACCGUUUUGAUGUUCAGUCCUCCUUGAAAUAUGAAGAUCUGGCUCCCUGCAUAACUUUGAAGAGCUGGGUCCAAACACUACGCCCACUGAGUGCAAAAACAAAACCUUUAGGAUCAAGAGAUGUUUUGCCAAAUAAUCGUCAACUUUAUGAAAUGAUCCUUACCUAUAACUUUCAUCAACCCAAAAGUGGGGAAGUAACUCCAAGCUGCCCACUACUUUGUGAAUUAUUAUAUGAAUCAGAAUUUGACAGCCAACUGUGGAUCAUCUUUGACCAGAAUAAAAGACAGAUGGGUUCAGGCGAUGCCUAUCCACAUCAGUAUUCGAUGAAACUGGAGAAAGGAGAUUAUACAAUUCGUCUACAGAUUCGUCAUGAGCAGAUCAGUGAAUUGGAACGUCUUAAAGAUCUUCCAUUUAUUGUUUCUCAUAGGUUGUCUAAUACCUUGAGCUUAGAUAUUCAUGAAAAUCAUAGCCUUGCACUUCUAGGAAAGAAGAAAUCGAGUAAUUUGACACUACCACCCAAAUAUAACCAACCAUUCUUUGUUACUUCCUUACCUGAUGACAAAAUACCUAAAGGGGCAGGACCUGGAUGCUACCUUGCAGGAUCCUUAACAUUGUCAAAGACUGAACAUGGAAAGAAAGCGGGGCAGUCUGCAGCAAAACGACAAAGAAAAUUUAAAAAGGAUGUAAUCCCUGUUCAUUACUAUCUAAUAUCUCCACCAACAAAGACUAAGAAUGGCAGCAAAGAUAAAGAAAAAGAUUUAGAAAAAGAGAAGGAUUUCAAAGAAGAGUUUACUGAAGCAUUACGAGAUCUUAAAAUUCAAUGGAUGACAAAGCUGGAUUCUAGUGAUAUUUAUAAUGAAUUGAAAGAAACAUACCCUAAUUAUCUUCCUCUAUAUGUUGCACGACUUCAUCAGUUGGAUGCUGAAAAGGAACGAAUGAAAAGACUUAAUGAAAUUGUUGAAGCUGCAGAUGCUGUUAUUUCUCAUAUAGAUCAAACGGCCCUAGCAAUUUAUAUUGCUAUGAAGACUGACCCCAGGCCCGAUGCAGCUACUAUAAAAAAUGACAUGGACAAACAGAAAUCCACCCUCGUAGAUGCCCUGUGUAGAAAAGGAUGUGCCCUGGCCGACCAUCUUCUUCAAGCACAGGAUCAAGAUGGGGCUGUUUCCAGUGAUGCAGAAGGAAGAGAAGAAGAAGGAGAAAGUACUUUGGAUUCUCUGACGGAAACUUUUUGGGAAACUACAAAAUGGACUGAUCUUUUUGACAAUAAGGUUUUGACAUUUGCAUACAAGCAUGCAUUAGUAAAUAAAAUGUAUGGGAGAGGCCUUAAAUUUGCAACUAAACUUGUGGAAGAAAAACCAACAAAAGAAAACUGGAAAAAUUGUAUUCAACUGAUGAAGUUACUUGGAUGGACCCAUUGUGCAUCUUUUACUGAAAACUGGCUCCCCAUCAUGUAUCCUCCUGAUUAUUGUGUAUUCUAAACUGAGAACCAAGACUUUAAAUUUUAAAAAAGAAAAUUUUAUAGUGGAUGGACAUAAAAACAAAUUUGUGGCAUUUUUAGUCUAAUGCAUGUUUUCAUCUGCUAUCAAAUAUUGAUUAUUAAAAUGGUGUGUAUUUAUCAGAGACUUUGCUGGCGUGUGGCUUAAUACAUGUAAAUCUAGACCUCUGACAUCAUGGCGUGUUCUUAAUGCCUCACAUUGCUGGCAAUGGGCUGUGCCCUGACUGCCAGCACCAAGGACUUUCAUUUGGGUUGCAGCUACUACAUGCAUGAUAAGUUUUGAAUAGUAACUUUUAACUGCAAACCUGUAAAAUUCUAUUUUUUAUUUUAUAAAAGAACAGGGUUUUAACAUGUUCGACUUUAAUUUUUCUCAAUUGUAUGAAGGCCUUAAAAAAGCUACAUUAAGCGUAGCUAAAAUUAUUUAUUGGACUAAAAAGUAACAGAAUUUCACUUUCAGAUAUUUCAGAUAUUUUUUUGGUUUGUCUUUUUUUUUUAACCUUUACAUUCAAUUAAGGGGGGAAAUUUAAAGGGGCACAAAUAAAUAAUGUGGCAAUUGCUGGGGCACUCCUUCUAUAAAUCUUCAUCUUGGAGUAAUUUCAGGCCAAUCAUUUUUAACAUCCUUUUUAUGUGCAUAGCAUCUGAAUGAACCAAUAAUACAUGUAUAAGUGCCAGAUAGCUAAAUCUUUAUCAGGUAUUGUAAAGACACACAUAUGGUAUGUUUAUUAAAGUUGAAAUAAUGUAAACAUAUGAAUAAAUGUGCAAAACCAAGAUCACAGUACACCAUAUACACUGAUACCUUAAUUUUUUAAUAAAUAAACGUGAAUAUUGAAGCUUCUUAAAG